CAGGAGGAGAGGAUAGAGGAGGAGAGGAUUGAGGAGGAGAGGAUUGAGGAGGAGAGGAUAGAGGAUGAAGAGGAGGAGAGGGAAGAGGAGGAGAAGAUAGAAGAGGAGGAGGAGAGGAGGCCUCCGUUGAAGAGUGAGAACCAGGUCAAAGCUCCAGACCAGGGGAGCCACCCAGACCUCCAUCCCAGCUUUAGGCUCCUCAAAUCGGUUAAAGACUCUCUGUAUCCCCCUCCUCCCUCCACACCCAGACAAAGCAGUCCUGAAGACACCCCUCCCCUCUCCUCCUCCUCUCCUCUGAGGCAGAAUGAUAGUGUUGUAGAGGUGAAGACAGACUGUGUUGUAAUCAGGAUCCAGGACAUGAACUCUCCUGGCUGGUCCUCUCUGUCUCAGGAGAACACCUCACCUCUCCUCCCAGAUAUCUGGAGUGAUCAUCAGGGCUGUCAGACAGAAGGAGACCUUCCUCCAGGAUGGAAGAGGAUUACAGACAAGGCUGAUAACUACUACUGGCAUAUCCCGAGUGGAGCCACACAGUGGGAGAGACCAGCGCCCAGAGACCCUCUCACCAGACAGGAGGGCUCUAGCCUGGGGGACACCACCUCAGCCUCCCCACCUCUAGACCACCAGAAGCAGCUGUGGGGUGAUGUUGGAGCUGUGAGUGGGGGAAAGAUUGAUAGUGAGGUUUGGAAGGACCUGCAGGCGGCCACGGUGAACCCUGACCCCAGCUUGAAGGAGUUUGAGGGAGCUACGCUCAGAUAUGCAUCGCUACGGAUCCCUCUCCCACUGGAAGAGGAGGAGUCUAACAGUGACCCUGAGGCCAAGUGUUUUGCGGUGCAGUCUCUGGGUUGGGUAGAGAUGGCAGAAGAGGACCUGUCGCCAGGGAAGAGUAGCGUUGCCGUUAACAACUGUAUCCGACAGCUAUCCUACUGCAAGAGCAACAUCAGAGACACGGUCGGCAUCUGGGGAGAGGGUCAGGACAUGUAUCUGGUUCUGGUGAACAACAUGUUGAACCUGGUUGAUCCUACGGACCGUUGUCUUGGCAACGUGCUUCAUUCUCAGCCAAUAGCAAGCAUUCGUGUCUGGGGGGUCGGCCGUGACAAUGUCAGAGAGAGGGACUUUGCGUACGUAGCGAGGGAUAAGGACACCAGGAUUCUGAAGUGUCAUGUGUUCCGUUGUGACACUCCAGCUAAAGCCAUCGCUACCAGCCUCCACCUCAUCUGCUCUAGGAUCAUGUCGGAGCGUAAGCAUGCUAAAGCGUUAUCAGGGGCGUUGUCAGGGGGCGUGUCUCUACACGACAGAAUGCAGUCAGGACUAGACCUCCCGCUACAAGCAGAGUUCCCCACUGUAAAGACAGAGUUGGUCCAGAGGUUCCAGCUGCUGUAUCUGGGUAUGAAGACAGUAGACAGACCUAUAGGUAUGGACAUAUUGAACGGGGCAAUAGACAGUCUGAUUGGUUCUUCCAGUAGAGAGGAGUGGAAAGCUGUUAACCUCAACGUGGCUGAUGCUACCCUCAUUAUCAGCAACAACCAGGUGGAGGAGGAGGUGUUGGUAGAGUGCAGGGUGAGGUUUCUGUCCUUCAUGGGGGUAGGGAGGGACAUCCACUGCUUUGCCUUCAUCAUGGACGGAGGAGGACUACGCUACGAGUGUCACGUGUUCUGGUGUGACAACGCUGGACAGCUCUCUGAGAUCGUACAGGCUUCGUGCAUGUUAAGGUAUCAGAAGUGCCUGUUGGCUCACCCCCCCUCCCAGAGACCCCUCCCCUCCUGUGGCCGUGGCUCCUCCUCCCUGGGCAGCGGCGGUGUGAAGAGAGGAGUGCUGUCCCUCAUCGACACCCUCAAACAGAAGGGACCACAGAGUAACCACAGAAACUAAACUAACAUCGUGACCAGGACCGCACACCCCAGUAACUAUGGGGAAAAAAACAACGCUGCACAUUUUGCUAAUCGUGAAAAUCACUACUCGGUGAUCACCUCAACACAGAACUGUCUACCAGUCGGUGAUCACCUCAACACAGAACUGUCUACCAGUCGGUGAUCACCUCAACACAGAACUGUCUACCAGCCGGUGAUCACCUCAACACAGAACUGUCUACCAGUCGGUGAUCACCUCAACACAGAACUGUCUACCAGUCGUGUUCAACUACGGUGAUCACCUCAACACAGAGAGAGAGAGAGAGAGAGAAAAUAAUCAGGUUGGAGUGACCUCUACCCUCUGACCUGGUGACCCUUCCUGUCUGUACCUGUACCUCCAGCAUGACCUGGGACACCUGCAGACACACCUGUAGACACAACCGACACACACCUGUAGAGGCACCUGUAGACACAACCUACACACACCUGUAGAGGCACCUGUAGACACAACCUACACACACCCGUAGAGGCACCUGUAGACACAACCUACACACACCUGUAGAGACACCUGUAGACACAACCUACACACACCUGUAGAGACACCUGUAGACACAACC